AUGGAUGUUGAGAUUGAUAAUGAACAUUCAAAAAAUCCAAUUAAAGGUGGUACUGUACGACUUAUUAUGGUUGUACGAUUUCGUUGUAAAGGCAGUGAGAAAUUUACGAAUGUAACGCUAUCAUAUUUUACACUUCCAACAAUUCCGCAAUGUUCAAUUAUCGAAUUUCAACACUGUUUGCAAAUUCCGGAUAAUGCAUUUCCAACUUAUUCACAACCAAAUGCACUUAUCAAUUCAUCUUAUCAUAUAUCAGUAAUGCUCAAUGAAUAUACACCAAUUGAGAUACCAAUAAUUAUUGGUACUGAAAUUUCCACUCAAUCCCCCCUUGAUAUUCAAAAUAAGCCAUCUUCAUUGUUAGCUAUUACUGGUUAUAUUAAAAUUCGACCAUUUCCAAAAACGCUACCACAGCAAACAUUUCCGCCUUUAAUUAAUCCAUCACAAUUUUUACCAUUAUCACAAUUGUUGCAUUCAUCAUCACUGUCACAUUCAUUACCAAUCUCUUCCCAUCAUUUACAUCCCAAUUUUGACAAACAACUCAAUAGAUCAUCAUCAUAUUAUGUCCCAUUAUAUACUACUCCAUUUCCAUUCUCUCAUACUAAUCUGAAUUAUCAUCAUCAUUCUGAAGCAAUCUUCUUCCCGGAAGAAUUUCCAGUAACUCGUUAUAAUGGACAAUCUGUAUUGAGGAUAGAAGAGAUUGAAUAA